AUGGCAAGAGAUUGCAUAGGAGACUUGAUAAUGAAGUGGUUACCAGUGACUCAGGAGCUGAGCUUCCAAAAAUUUAUUGAACAAUCUGACUUACUAGAAGAACUUAAAUAUGACUUCAAUGAAAAAGCUGAAUUGAGACACACUGAGACACAAAGGCCUUUUGUCUUUAACUAUUAUAAAAAUGUCCUUGAGAGGAAUAGCAAGCGCUACCAGGCCCUUGGCCAUUUGCUUGCACAAUACAUUUAUGAGCUUCUGGAGAAAGUAUGCAAAUUACAAAAAGUGUAUAUCCCAACAGAGGCUGAUAAGGAACCAAGAAGCUUCUUUUUCAUGAGUGAGAGAGCAUUAACAAGUCAUCAUUCUGUGCUUCUUGUCCUUCUUCAAGACCAUGGGGCCUUUAGAGCUGGUCAGUGGAGUCAGCAAGCAAUAAUACAUCAUGGUCUCCAACAUGGAAGUCAGAUACCGUGUAUUCAGAUGGCAUUGCAGGCUCAUUAUGAUGUAAUUGUGCUAAACCCCAAUGACAAUUUUGUGGACCUAAAGAUGGAGAAUGAGUGGAAAGGUCUUUUAACACAAAAUAUUGGGUCCUCUUCCCUAAAAAUGGUUCAGGCAGAGAAUUUUUUCUCUCUCCAGAAACCUCUCCAGUGUAUCCCUAAAAGAUGCAGCAACACCCCUGAAGAACACGUGGCUUACAUUUGGGAUUACUUCAUCUCAAAGACUGAAGGAAAGGAUGUUGCCUUCAUUGUACAUGGUUAUGGAGGCUUGGUUUUUAUGGACUUACUUGUUCGUAGAAAGUGGGAAGUGAUGAACAAAGUAUAUGCUGUUGCACUCAUUGACUCUGAACAUCAUGUAGGACACCAGCUGGGAAGUGAUGUACAGUUAUUAGCCUGGAUAAAGCACCAUUGCCGUGAAUGGGUGACAAGUCCUAAGCCUUUGGAUAAACCUGCAACUACUGUUUUAAGAAAGGAGUUUCCUAUGGUUUCUGCUGGUACAGAAAAACACAACCUAGCCCCUUCCUCUAGCCUCCAGUCAAUUUUUAAAUACUUUAAAAAAGCUUUGAAAGCCAAAACAACUAUUAAUUAUUCUCGAGUGCCAAUAGCAAGCGCCGGAGAGAGUGGGCGGGAUUUCCGGCCACGGCUGACCCGCAAGGUACCGAAACUAAGCCGACCAGCGUUGAUGCGUGAGGUGCGGUUUCUUGCGUAG